AUGUCGGAAAUGUUGGCAGGCAUUGAAGGCGUCAUAGUAUACAUUGAUGACAUCGUUAUAGCGGGCAGUACAAUAGCUGAACACGAUGCACGACUUGCAGAAGUACUGGAAGUACUCAAAGAAAACAAUGUAAAAUUGAACGAUGCGAAGUGUUUGUAUCGUGUCAAAGAGCUGGAGAUUUUGGGCUUCAAGGUCGAUGCACUAGGCAUUAGUCCAUCCAACGAUAAAGUUGAAGCAAUAAGAACUUUUCGCCAACCUGAAACGAAAGAAGAAGCAAGAAGUUUUUUAGGACUCGUAAACUUUGUAGGACACUUCAUACCGAAUCUAUCCACAAGGAGCGAACCAUUGCGACAAUACAUUCGAGGAGAAGUAAGCGCAUAUGGAGAAGAACAGCGCAAAGCCUUCGACGACCUUCGAAAUGAACUCUCACGUGGUGUUCACAAGCUGGGAUUCUACGAUCCAAAAGACGUAACCGAAAUGUAUGUCGAUGCUUCCCCAGUGGGCUUAGGAGCUGUUUUGGUGCAGAGAGACAAAUCGAAAAUACCAAGGGUAAUAAGCUUUGCGUCCAAGGGAUUAACACCGGCUGAAAAGGUUUACCCACAAACACAGCGCGAGGCAUUGGCUGUUGUUUGGGCGGUAGAGAAGUUCUAUUUAUAUCUGUUUGGUUUACACUUCACCGUUUUCACCGACCACAAAACGCUGGAAUAUAUUUACGGAGGAAAACAUCGCGAUGGUAGACGUGCAUGCUCUAGGGCCGAAUCGUGGGCGCUCCGUUUAUUGCCUUUCGAUUUUGAAGUGAAGCAUAUCCCAGGAGUAUCCAACAUCUCAGACAUACUGUCAAGGCUUUGUCCGGCAUCAGCUUCAGCGUUCGCCGACGAUUCAGCACCAUUUUUGUUCGCUAUCGGUGACAACCCACUCGCUAUUAGUUUGGAUGAAAUUAUUGAAGAAACGCGUCGAGACGAGAUGCUUAUUGCCGUAACUAAUGCAUUACAAACAGAUGAAUGGCCGAAACACCUGUUUCGAUAUCAAGCAUUCAGAAAAGAGCUUGGUAUAAUCAAAGGAGUAAUUGUUCGCGACGAGAGGAUAAUUCUUCCAGACAGACUCAGAACUAAAGCGCUAGAUAUCGCACAUCGUGGACACCCUGGUAUUGUCACCAUGCGUAGGAUCCUCCGCGAAAAAGUAUGGUGGCCAUCGAUGGAUCGUGAUGUGACUAACAGAGUUCAGGAAUGUGCAGGAUGUGCUACCGUGCGCAACGAGUACCCCCCUGAACCCAUGAUGAGGAAAGAAAUGCCUGAAAGGGCUUGGCAAGAAAUUGCGGUAGAUUUCUUUACAGCAAAGGAAUGUGCAACAUUUCUAGUAGUUGUGGAUUAUUUUAGUCGCUUUCUACAGGUCAUUGAAAUGAAAAGCACAAAUGCCAGCAAAACUAUCGAGGCUUUGGAAGAAAUAUUUUCGCAACAAACCUACCCUGAGACAAUCAGAAGCGAUAACGGACCUCCGUUUUCUAGCGAGGAGUUUUCGAGGUACUGUUCACAACACAACAUUAAACUAAUCCGUACAAUCCCUUACUGGCCGCAAAUGAACGGGUUAGUAGAAAGGCAAAACCAAGGCAUUUUAAGAACAUUGCGGAUUGCGAAGGCAACAAAGACUGACUGGCGGAAGGCACUGAAGGACUAUGUAUUCAUGUAUAAUACUUCGCCCCAUUCAGUAACAGAUAAGGCUCCUAUGGAGUUGCUAAUGGGUCGGCCAGUCAAGAACAUGCUACCAUCUCUUAGAACGGAGCCAAGAUUACGCCUUGAGGAAGAUGUAAGGGAGCGAGAUGCUAUCAGAAAAAUGCAAGGAAAAUUGUAUGCUGAUGAGCGAAGACACGCCAAGGCUUCUGAAAUCGAGGUUGAGGACACAGUUAUGAUGAGAAACUAUGUCACAGGAAAACUUGAGCCAAAAUUCCGUAUUCAACUAUUCACAGUUAUUAAGAAAACUGGAAACGAUACGAUAAUUGCUAAUGAAGAAGGACUAAUGUAUCGAAGGUGCAUAACUCAUCUACGAAAAUGGCCAACUUCAAGAUCCACAGAAUCAGAAACAGAAUUAGCUCCAAGCUCAACCGACGAUGUUCAUUCCCCUUCAAAGGAUUGCGACACUCAAUCAUCUCCGGUUAAUCAGGAACAACCAACUCCGAUCGUCCCGGAACAACGAACUCCAGCAAAACGAACUCUUAAAAGACCAUACGUCGCAGCGAAGGAGCAACCGAAGCGCUCAAGCAGAAAAAUAAUUGUUCCACAGCGUUACAGUCCGUAG